GCACACUGUUCGAAGCGAGAGACACCGCACGUUUUGUCGUCUCUCUGUUGCGUGAAGCGAUACCCGUGCAAAGAAACUACUGUUGAGCAGACGUCACCGAAAGCCGGACCGCAGUUUAGUGUACGACGAAGCCUCACUGCGAUCAAUACACGGUGGUAUUUACAACAACCCAGUUGGCGUGGUGAAAAUCCGAGAUUCUGCACUCGAGGUUUUUCGUGUGAAGUUUAGUGAUAAAGUUUGUGAUAACUCGUUGAAUUUUUGAGGCACCAGUAAAACUGUGCGGCAGCUGCUACAAACAGACGGAAUUACUUCACAGAAGAGAAGAAGACAUACAAAAACCGACGGAAGGAUUAAAACAUGGCGCCCAUCAAUCAGGAAAACUUCGACUAUGACCUGGUCGUGAUCGGUGGUGGAUCCGGCGGUUUGGCCUGCGCCAAGGAAGCCGUACAAUUCGGCGCCAAGGUUGCGGUGCUGGACUUUGUAAAGCCAUCGCCUCGCGGCACAAAGUGGGGCUUGGGAGGUACCUGCGUCAACGUGGGCUGCAUCCCGAAAAAGUUGAUGCACCAGGCGUCCCUGUUGGGUGAAGCCAUCCAUGAUGCCCAACCAUACGGUUGGAAGUUUGCCGAACCGGAAUCGGUCAAACACGACUGGGCAACGCUGACCGAGUCGGUGCAGAAUCACAUCAAGUCCGUUAACUGGGUGACCCGGGUGGACCUUCGCGACAAGAAGGUCGAGUAUGUUAACGGUCUGGGUUACUUCAAGGAUGCCCACAACGUGGUUGCGGUCAUGAAGAACCAAACCGAGAAGGUCCUGAGCGCCAAGAAUGUGGUUAUCGCCGUGGGAGGACGACCCCGGUAUCCGAACAUUCCCGGAGCGAUGGAAUACGGAAUUACGAGCGACGAUAUCUUCAGUUUGCCAAACGAACCCGGCAAGACGCUGGUCGUCGGUGCUGGAUACAUCGGACUGGAGUGUGCCGGGUUUCUGAAAGGAUUCGGCUACGACGCUACCGUCAUGGUUCGGUCGAUUCUGCUACGAGGAUUCGAUCAGCAGAUGGCCACCAUGGUCGGCGAUGCGAUGGUUGAGAAGGGAGUCAAAUUCCUGCACAAAACUCAGCCACAAUCUGUGGAGAAGCAAGCUGAUGGUCGUCUUUUGGUGAAGUACCGAUCCGACGAUGGAACCGAGGGAUCCGAUGUGUACGAUACGGUUCUGUUUGCCAUCGGUCGUACCGCGUGCACUGACGACCUAAAGCUGGAUCAGGCCGGUGUUGUGACUGCCGAGGGAGGCAAGUCCGACAAGCUCGAUGUGGACAGUUUCGAGGCGACUAACGUGCCGAACAUUUUCGCCGUUGGUGAUGUGCUAUACAAACGGCCAGAAUUGACUCCUGUGGCCAUCCAUGCCGGUCGCCUGCUAGCCCGGCGACUCUUCAACAACCAAAACGAUAUCAUGGAUUACACGGACGUCGCCACGACGGUUUUCUCUCCACUGGAGUACGGCUGUGUCGGCAUGAGCGAGGAGGACGCAGAGGCCAAAUUCGGCAAGGACAACAUCGAAGUUUACCACGCGUACUACAAACCGACGGAAUUCUUCGUCCCCCAGAAAAGCGUGCGGUAUUGCUAUCUUAAGGCAGUGGCCCUACUGGAAGGCGACCAGAAGGUCCUGGGACUGCACUUCCUUGGACCCGUGGCCGGAGAAGUCAUCCAGGGCUUCGCGGCCGCACUGAAAUCCGGCCUCACCAUGAAGAUUCUGAAAAACACCGUCGGAAUUCACCCCACCGUGGCGGAAGAAUUCACCCGUCUGCUGAUCACCAAGAGCUCCGGGCUGGACCCCACUCCGGCCACGUGCUGCAGUUAAGACCACCAAUCGAACAGAACGAAAAACAACAUUUUUGCCUUUCGAUGCUCGUGUGUAUUGUUGUAUUAAUUAAUUUCCUUAAGGCGGCGGCGGCAGACAACGGGUCUCAAUCAAAUUGGGACCGUUACGUUGCGUUCUCUGUCGAUGGAACCGUACCACUAAACCCAGCAAACUGAUAGUUUAGAAUAACGAAGCUAAAUUGUAGGACUGCAAUGAACAACAUUCAAAAACAGGUAAGCAAGCAAAGUUCAUUGAAAAUUUAAAGAGCUUUGAGUUGCACGGUUAUAUCAUUUUGUGUACUUUUUUUGUGUCACAAAGAACACGUCUCUGAUCAAUAAAAUCACAAUGUUAGUAGAAUGUUUA